AUGACAUCUAUAACCGACAACGGCAAAAAAGCUGAAGAAGUAGCAAGUGGCAUUCCACCAUGGCACGCGCAAUUAUUCAUUGGGAGUUUAUUAGCUAUCUCUGUACAGAAUCUGCCGUCGAGGGCCUCCCUUGACCAAGUAGCGACGAUUGAAGCGUUAACCGCCCCGGUGCUCCCCAACGUUUUCUCGCUCAAGAGCCUGGGAAUUGUCCGUCUUUCAAUCGCUGCAUCGAUAUGGAUUGUCAUGUUCUUCAUUGCGGUGAUUUCAGAUGGAUGGAAGAUACAUACAGUCUACAAGCCACAAACAAAGUUGAAGAAAUCUGUGAUCCACAUGAAAGGAAUUCGAACGUUCUUCCCGUUCACUUCGUGGUCCUGGAUUUUGCUGGGACUCUAUUUUUCCAUCAACGGAUACAUUGCACUCACCGUGGAGGCUGGAGCACCAGAGAAGAUUCAACCUUGGAUGUUGAGAGCGGCCUCGAUUCUCUUUGAAAUUUCGGCACCCUUUGCGUUGUUGGUCUCUGCAGUCAUUCGCUAUGCAAUUUGGCCAGCGGUUUUAAAGUCAGGAAAACCCCACGCGCUUGACAGCUUCCGAAAUCAAAUGAUGCACAACAUGAACGCAGUCUACGCCCUCAGUGAAAUGGCAUUACUAGGUGGCCCUGCAAUGAAUUUUUCCCACAUUUCACUGCCCUGCUUUGUUGGCUGUUGUUACAUUCUCUUCGCAUGGUCGGCUGCUCACUUUUUGGGGAAGGCUGGGACGACACCAGGACCUCAGUAUCAGUACUUUUUCUUGGACACAACUCUUGGGAAGGCAACAACAAUCUCAUUGGCAGUUCUUUUGGUUGUGCUGAUGACAUUCUUUGCUUUCUUUGUUGGAAUUAGCGCACUUGUAAAUCUUUCUGGUGGGAACCUAAUUCUCAACUCCCUCGCUGUCAUACUGGUAUCUAGUCUAGUGUGCAAGGUGAAGGCAUAA